AUGGCGGGCACCGGCCCCGGCCCCGGCCUCAACCUCGCAGCCACCACUUCCGGCGCGCCCGCCCGCCGUCACCAUAGCGACGCUUCCGCUUCCGGUCGCGGGACGUGGAUUGCCAUGGAGGAGGCGCAGCGGAGCGCUCUGCGGCGCGGCCGGGUGCGGCUGGUGGAGGGGCUGCGGUGGGCUGCGGGGCGUGGCCGGGGGUCCCGGUCCUAUCGGCCCGGCGAUAGGGCGUUGUGCCCCCUCAGCUCCAUGACAGGCCCUGAGCACCGGCACCCGAAGGAGCAAGCACGACAGCUGGUUAUUGACCUGGAGACCCGUGGGAAGCAGGCCUUCCCAAUAUUCCUCUCCAUCCUGAGGGACACCGGGCACGGUGACCUGGCUGACAUGCUGGAUGAGGGCUGCGGAAGCCCGAUGUCCCCACCUGUGGACCUGAGGCCUGUGCAGCUGGAGCUGCCUGGAGAUAGGCGUGACAAAAGUGUGAGCACUGCGGAACGCUUGUCCAUCCCAGUCCAACCUGAGAGUGAGCGAUUUCGGAUGCCUCCGGCACCAGCCCAGGGUUCAGCUGUUGACAAGAGGACCACAGACUGGUGUACCAGCUGCGAGCACCCUUGUGGGCACUGCCUGAUCUUCAACAAUGUCAGCUUCAGCAGAGACUCUGAUCUGUCGACUCGAGCUGGCUCUGACAUAGACUGUGAGAAGCUGGAGAAGCGUUUCAGGUCCCUGUGCUUCCACGUCCGGACCCUGCGGAACCUCAAAGCUCAGGAAAUUGAUGUGGAGCUGCGGAAGCUGGCGCGGCUCGACCACAGUGCCCUGGACUGCUGCCUCGUGGUCAUCCUCUCCCAUGGUUGCCAGACAAGCCAUAUUCAGUUUCCCGGAGGGAUUUAUGGAACAGAUGGCAAAAUCAUUCCAAUCGAAAGGAUUGUGAACUAUUUCAAUGGGUCCCAGUGCCCGAGUUUGAGAGGAAAACCCAAACUCUUCUUCAUCCAGGCCUGUGGAGGAGAACAAAAGGACCAAGGAUUUGAGGUGGAUUGUGAAUCACCCCAAGAUGAAACUUGCCGACGUUCCAUAGAGUCGGAUGCGAUUCCUUUCCAGGCUCCAUCAGGGAAUGAGGACGAGCCAGACGCCGUCGCCAGUUUGCCCACUCCUGGUGACAUCUUGGUGUCCUAUUCAACUUUUCCAGGUUUUGUGUCCUGGAGGGACAAGGUGAGUGGCUCGUGGUACGUGGAAACCUUGGACAGCGUACUGGAACAUUACGCCCGUUCUGAAGACCUGCUAACCAUGCUACUUCGGGUGUCAGACAUCGUAUCCACCAAGGGGAGGUACAAGCAGAUCCCGGGCUGUUUCAACUUCCUACGUAAAAAAUUCUUCUUCCUGUGCAAGUGAUGUGGGGCUGUCGAGGUCCCCAUCAAUCUGAGGAUUGCUUCCCUGUGGCUGGAUGAAAGCUGUCCCUGCUGUGACUUGAACCAGGUGUUCCUGGUCUGGCUGUGGAGGGAUCUGUCCUGAGAAAUGCGACCUGUGCACAAGCUGCAAGAUGAGGACUGGCCCUGUCCCAACCUGUGGGGACAAUCAGUUGUAGGGAACAUGCUUUAGCAGGGGGGUUGGGCUUGAUGCUCUCCAGAGGUGUCUUCCAACCCCUAUGAUUCUGUCCCAGUGAUAGGAAGGGGGAGGGGAUGUGUGUUGGAAUCCCCAGUGCCAGAGUGUGCCGGCCCAGUGAUCCCAUUGUGGAGUGAGGGCCUCCAGCUGUGCCGUGGCUGUGCUCUCCUUCCUGGUGAAACUGCAGUGGAUUGGAGGAUUCAGUGGAAUCAAUUGAUGGAAUCAAUGGAAGUACAUGAUUUUUGCAACAAGAGAUUUUUCUGUUUGAGUGAAAUAAAAACCAGAAGCCAAAAAAAACCCACAA